AUGACAUCUCCAAAGCAAUUGCUUGGCUACUCCUCCAACAUGUCAUCUCAACCCUCGACCAUCGAUCAAUUGAAGAGUACAGCUUCUUCCGCAUACGAGACUGUAGCCAACAGUGUAUCUGCGAUUUCUAAAGAUGGUGUUUAUGAUCCUGACCAAGACAAGAACAUGGUUGGAAAAGAUGCACACGGGAACAAGUUUAGGAAGGGCGAUUUUAAAGAUAAAUUGAAUCAAGCUGCUUGUGGGGGACAACCAGAAAAGGAAGGAGAAAGCCUGACAGAGAAAGCAUUUUCGUGGAUACCAGGCAUAAGCGCAUUGCAAAAAUCAACUUUGGAACAAGGACCAGAGGAUACAGCCGUGAAGGGCAAUGAAGCACCCCCAGUUCGGCCACAACACGAUGUGCCAAUUGAACAAUUUUUGAGAAAGCAAUAUCAUAGCAGAAGCGGAGAUGGGAUCCCAAACCCCGAGGAAAUCCCUGUCGGCGGGCCUUGGCAGAUGGCGAUCAGUAAAAAUCUCAAUCAAACAUUGAAGCCAUCCACAAUUUCUCCUAUUCCAACGCAUGGCUUUCGAAUCAUCAUGGCCCGGAUCAUAUUUGGCUUGUUAGUUAUCCCGCUGGCUUCCUCAUACCCAUUUGCUGGAGUCGAAACCCGCGCUUCAAGCAUUCAAGACUGCUUGACUCAGCACUCUGUUCCAUAUCAAGAUAGUACCUCAUCUUCAUGGGCUACAACUAUUUCCCCUUAUAAUCUUCGGUUACCAUACACCCCGGCUGUUGUCACUUUACCUACCACCUCACAACAUGUCAGUGACGCAAUCACUUGUGCGGCCGCUGCCGGACUUAAAGUACAGGCUAAAUCAGGCGGACAUUCAUAUGCUAGCUAUUCAACUGGUGGUAAAGAUGGAAGUCUUAUCGUCAGUCUUGAGAACUUCAAUUUUAUAAGCGUUGAUGCUCAAACAAACAUUGCUACUGUUGGAGGAGGUGUACGUUUAGGAAAUCUCGCUCUUGGACUCUACAGUCAGGGCAAACGAGCUGUUCCACAUGGGACAUGUCCAGGGGUUGGAAUAGGUGGACAUUUCACUCAUGGAGGUUAUGGAUACGCAUCUAGAUUUUGGGGUCUGGCUCUUGAUACUAUCGUUGGUCUCGAUGUGGUUCUUGCCAAUGGAACACAAAUCCACACGACGGCCACAGCUUAUCCCGAUGUUUUCUACGCAAUGAGAGGAGCUGCCGAUUCGUUUGCUAUUGCCACAGCUUUCUACCUCCAGACUUUUGCGGCUCCACCGUCUGUUCUUACUUUCGCAGCUAGUAUUCCUGCAACACUAGAUAGUGUCAGCACUGCUGUCUCGUCCUUCACCAAACUCCAAGAACUUACUCUCGACUCUACCAAAAUUCAUAAAAAUAUCACAUUAGGUAUUUACAUCGACAACUAUGGAUCAUUCAGUCUUAGUGGCUGGUGCAUGAGCUGUGAUCAGAACCAAUUCGAGAGCGUCACUUUUCCAGAGAUAUUGUCCGCUUUUCCCACUGCCGGCACUAGCAGUGUUAAAUCUCUAGGAUGGACAGAUGCUCUAGUCAGUGCAAACAAUGGAGGACAGCUUCAGGAACCAUUAACUGGAUACGUUGCUCACGAUACAUUUUAUGCCAAAUCUGUGGUUACGAAAAAUGCAGAGCCGUUGACUUCCGCUCAGUUGACUAGCUACUUCACUUACAUUCUGAAUCAAGGAAGAAGUGCUCCUUCUCCUUGGUACACUAUUAUUGAUUUGUAUGGAGGUGCCGAUAGUCAGAUCAAUGUGCCUUCUUCUGAUUCUUCGGCAUACUCUGAUCGUGACGCUCAUUGGGUCUUCCAGAACUAUGGCUUUACAUCCAACUCUUUGCCACCAUAUGAUGACGCUAUAACACCCUUCGUCGACUCUCUCAAUAGUGCUCUUUCAGCUGGUGCAUCUAGCGAUUUUGGAGUAUAUCUCAAUUACGUAGACCCAGAACUAAGCGCAAACGAUGCCGCGAUGCUCGGAUACGGACAAACUGCCUACAACAAAUUAUUAGCCAUUAAACAAAAUAUUGAUCCCAACGAAGUGUUCUGGAAUCCACAGAGUAUAGGCGCUGCUGAUGAUAAUACUGGAAAUAGUGGCAGUGGAUCCACAAGCUCAGCUACGUCUACAUCUACAUCUGCACCAACAUCUACAUCUGCGACGUCAAAAGCUACUGCAACAUCGUCGUUGAAAGUCUCAACUGAUGCCUCUAUGGAUGGUGUGGCAGUACGAGUACGUACUGUGGAACUGGGUGUCAAAUUGGAUUUGGAACUUGCUCGUGAGGAGAAAGGUUCUUGUGGGGGUGAUUGGAAUGAGUUAUAA